AUGUCCAUCAACAUUUGCAGAGACAAUAAUGACCCCUUCUACCGUUACAAGAUGCCUCCACUGCAGGCAAAGGUGGAAGGUAAGGGUAACGGUAUCAAGACAGCGGUCCUGAAUGCGGCAGACGUUGCGCGUGCCCUUAACCGGCCAGUGGCGUACAUCAUCAAGUACUUCGGGUUCGAGCUAGGUGCCCAGACAUCGAUUGCGGUGGACAAGGACCGGUACCUGGUGAACGGUGCGCACCAGCCAUCCAAGCUCCAGGACGUGCUGGACGGGUUCAUCACCAAGUUCGUGCUGUGCGGCAGCUGCAAGAACCCUGAGACUGAGAUCAACAUCACGAAGGAAGACGACCUAGUCCGCGAUUGUAAGGCCUGUGGGCAGCGGACGCCGAUGGACCUACGCCACAAGUUGUCGUCGUUCAUCCUCAAGAACCCGCCAGAGUCGAUGAAGGACGGAUCCAAGAAGAAAAAGAAGGCGGCGACCGCGUCUGCGAACGUCCGCGGUGGCGGUGUCUCCAUUUCCGACAUUGCACAGGGCAAGUCGCAGGCUGAUGCGGGGGACGAAGAGGGCGACUUCUCCGACGACGACGAGCUGGCCCGCCAGAUCAACGCCGCGGCGUCCACGUUGCAACAGAUCGAGGUCAAGGACGACGACUGGGCGGUGGACGUCUCGGAGGAGGCGGUGCGCGCGCGUGCCCUGGAGCUCCAGGGCGAGGACGGCAACGUAUCCAAGUUCUCCACCCUGGACGAGUUUGGCGAGUGGGUCCUUGCCGGCGGCGACUCCGACGACGAGCUGCCCAACGACGUCGCCAUUUACAAGAAAGCUGCUGAGCUAGAGCUGCUGCAGGAGCCCAAGAUCGCCUGCGUGCUCGCCCAGGCACUAUUCGAUGAGAACAUCGUCGACCAGAUCAGUACACAUGCCGCCCUGUUCCAGAAGCUCUUUGUCUCCGACGACUUCGAGAAGCAGUUCUUGGGCGGUCUGGAGCGCUUCCUCGGCCUUGACCACCCCGACCUUAUCCCCGUCCUGCCCAAGGUUCUGCUGCAGCUGUACAACCAGGACAUCAUCUCCGAGGAGCAAAUCAUCGACUUUGGCCGCAAGUGCUCGAAGAAGUUCGUGCCAAAGGAGGUUUCCAAGAAGGUCCGCCGCGCAGCAAAACCAUUCAUCACCUGGUUGGAAAACGCCGAGAGUGACGACGAAGACAGCGACUGA